AUUUCGAGUAUGGUUAAGUGGGUCCGUUUGCCUAGACCCAGAUUCAAAUCUGGGGUAUUGCGGGGGGAUAUAACUCUCCACUCCCAUCACUUCGCCUUUAUUCAUAGUCAACGAAGAUGUCCUUAUCAAAAAUCCUAUUUCGCAAACAACAGCUCGCUGUAGACCAAAUGGAUGGGAUAUCUGGCUUGACCAAAGCCAAUGCGUACAACUACACUGUGGUCUUGUUUGCCUCACUUGGGUCAUUCACAUAUGGCUACAGCUCAUCCAUUAUCGCGUCCAUUUUUGGCCUUCCUUCAUUUUUUGAUUACUUCAAUCUUUCCCUCAGUGGGCCAAAUGCAAAAGAAGGAAAUGAUAUCAUCGGCGCUGCGAAUGGUUUAUUCUUUGGAGGGGGGCUUUUCGGCGCUCUUGUUGUGAAUCUGAUUCUCAAUAAGCUGGGCCGGCGUUUUUCAAUUCAGAUUAUCUGUGUCAUUUGCAUUAUCUCUGCUGUGAUCCAAGGGGGGGCUGUCCAUAUUGCAAUGAUCCUCGUGGGACGGUUCCUUAGUGGUGUUGGUGUUGGUAUGAUGCAGGUAACAAUACCAGCAUAUAUGUCGGAACUCUCACCUGCGAGAGAGCGCGGUCGAAUGACUGGUUCACACGGAGUUUUAAUUGUUGUCGGCUACACCGCAGCAGCUUUUACUGGCUUGGGCUGCUAUUUUGCUAAGCCCGAGGUUCAAUGGCGGCUCUGUUUAUGUUUACAAUUGGUCGCUCCACUCAUUCUCCUUAUCGGAUCUCCUUUGCUUCCAGAAUCUCCAAGAUGGCUGGUAUCCCAUGGCAAAGACUUGCGAGCCUUAGAAAUUCUCCUAAAGCUACACGCAGAAGAGCAAGUUCAACGAGCUGCUAAAGAAGAGUUCUAUCAAAUUUUAAUUCAAUUAGAGCUUGAAGAGGAGACAGGUGUACAUGGUAUUUGGGGUAUGAUAAAACGGCCGUCGUACAGAAAGAGGAUUCUAUCGGGGUUAUUAGUUCAAUUCGCCUCACAGUCCACCGGCGUCCUUGUCAUCAAUAACUACCAGAUUCUGCUCUACAAUAAUCUUGGGCUCUACGGCUGGCUCCCACUCCUUCUUUAUGCCAUUUUUUCGGCUUGGGGAGCCUUCUCUAACUGGAUCAACGCUAACCUCCUUGACCGGCUUGGACGAGUGCCCAUUAUCACAUUCGGUCUCAUUGGCUGUAUCUGUAUGAUGACCAUCGAGACAGCAUUAGUGGCAAGCUAUGCUUCAACAUCGAAUCAAGGAGGCAACGCAGCGGCUGUCUUAUUUUUGUUUCUUUUUAUCGGGUUUUAUGGUGGGUCCCAAGAUGCUAGUAGCUACGUAUAUUGUAGCGAAAUAUUUCCAACUGGAGUUCGAGCCCAGGGGCUGGGAAUAUGUAUCGCAGGCCAGUUCGCAUGCGCUCUGAUGUAUACCGAGGCUGCUCCUGUCGCUUUUGCUAAUAUUGGAUGGAGAUAUUACAUUGUUUUUAUUAUAGUGCCCGCCGUAUGCUUGCCACUUCUCUGGCACCUUCCUGAGACCAAUGGCUUGCUACUAGAGGAAAUAGCAGCCAAGUUUGGAGAUGAGGUUGCGGUUAACAGUUCGCCUCUUAGCGAUGACCGCCAGCGCAUUGUUAACGAGCGUCUUACUGCUUUGGGAAUAGAUAAUCUAGGCGACAUCGAAACCAAAAAAACGGAAGGCAAAGGCUUCUGUGAGCAGGUUGAAGGAAAUGAACUGUAAGUAUCUCACCGGCUUUAGUGCCUGCGUCGCCUCUGCAAUCGAUCCUUGCGUUAUGUAGUGGGUUAUGCGAACGCAAACUUGGAGUCCCAACGUGCCGAAACCACUAGGAGCGAUUAAAAAACUACACCCUAGGGCCCGUCUUUGCGAGCACAUUGGCACCAAACCAUGCAACAGCUUGUCGUUGAACGAAGUCAUGGAAGAAAAAUUCGCCACCACCAAGUGCUUCUUCUGAGUUGGGUUGGCGCCGUGCGGGGAUUGUCAUAUAGUCUAUCGCAUCGAGGUUGUCGAUUUCGGGAAAAACGGGUAUGCAAUAGUCACCACGCGAUGGCUUCAUCUUGGUGUCGAGUGAUAUUCCUUGCACAUAUGCUAGUCUUCGAUAGCAACCUCCUAUUUCGGCUUGGCAAAUCGGCUCCUCCCUCUUAUCCGCUUUCCGUAUCGGAAGAAGAGGUACGGGAACGGCAUCAUCGCUA